UAUUAUGCAUUACCCUUUAUACCUUUCAAGUUCAGUGGCGAUGCAGUAAUAUAUUUAUAACUUUUAAUAAUUUCGUCAUGAUUUUUCCGAAAUUUGGACAACUAAUAUUUUUUAGUACUUUCACUUUUCUAAUUCUUUUAAAUUUUAAUCAUAAUUUUGUCGUGAGCUGUGCAACGCUAGGAAUUUUGGAUAAUCCACUUCUUAAAAGUCUGAACGAAGCUGACCUUACAAUUUCCAACUUUGAAUACGUAAAGAAAACACCGGAAGAUAUCCGAAUCGGUUGCAGAGGUGAUUUGGACCCCUCUUCUUCAAGCAAGAAGGUUAAAUCCCUCUUCAUUCAAGAUAUUGGUGGCUAUAAAGAGCUUCAAACGUUGACUCUGGGAACAGCCACGUACAAAAAUGCUUCAGGAACAUUGGAGGAACGGAAAGUUUUCUUGCGAGAAUUUCCAGAUGAGUGUUUCAGGCUUAUGUUUAGCCCUUCAUCAAUAUCGAUAUGUCCUCCAGGCCCACGUGGUAAAAAGGGAAAGCGUGGAGUCAAAGGUCUUGCGGGAUUACCUGGCCUUGUAGGAUUCCCUGGCAAAGCUGGUACUCCUGGCAGAGAUGGUGCCGAUGGUGCAAUUGGACCAAGUGGGGACGCUGGUUUAAACGGAGAAUGUGGUGAUGCUGGUGAGCAAGGAUCUGCCGGAUUGUCAGGAUUUCCUGGAAACGAUGGAUUUCCAGGGGAGGAUGGGAAAGAUUGGACUCCAGAGGAAUAAAAAUUAUAAUCUCAUAACACUCCAAAUAUUUAAUAAUCAUAAGUUAUCCUACUUUAUAGAAAUACUUUUUUAUGAACAUGCAUGACGCAUCCACUGCAACA